CCGUCAUUUACGGCCGGAGCUGUUCGCGCUGGGAGUUGGUGGCGCGGUGCAGGGCUCUUAAGAACGAACGGCUUGGGCGAGGACUGGUAUCCGGGGACUGUGACUUGCAGGGUCCGCCAUGGAGCCAGAGCAGAUGCUGGAGGGACAGACGCAGGUUGCAGAAAAUCCUCACUCUGAGUACGGUCUCACAGAUAAUGUUGAGAGGAUAGUAGAAAAUGAGAAGAUUAAUGCAGAAAAGUCAUCAAAGCAGAAGGUAGAUCUCCAGUCUUUGCCAACUCGUGCCUAUCUGGAUCAGACAGUUGUGCCUAUCUUAUUACAGGGACUUGCUGUGCUUGCAAAGGAAAGAUGAGGAAACAGACUUGGAGAGGUUAAGUGACAUGCUCAAGACAACACUGCUGGGUCUUGCUAUGUUGCCCAGGUUGGAAUGCAGUGGUGUGAUCAUGGCUUACUGUAGCCUCGACCUCCUGGGCUCAAGUGCUCCUCCCACCUCCACCUCCCAAACAGCUAGGACCACAGGUGAAGACACCAUGCCCAGAUUUAAAAAAAAAAAAGUAUAGAAACAGGGUUCUAUGUUCCCCAGGCUGGUCUUAAACCGCUGGCCUCAAGCAAUCCUACUGGCUCAGGCCCUCAAAGUACUGGGAUUACAGGCAGGAGGUACCAUGCCUAUGGAGUUACAUUUUAUAGUGUUUGCCGCAAAACUUUCAUUGGAUGUAUGCAACUUUGUCUUCCUCUAUUCCUGCUUUUGCAAUAGUGUACUUUGUAACAAUAACACUUCCUCGGAGGUCCAA